GCUGCACCUGACCGCUUAUUUGUUUUCUGUGUGACAAACUGCAGGUACCCGUCCCGGCAUAUCUUAGGGGAUUUCUCUUGAUUGUCUUAGAACCAAGAUUUCCAACCGCUUAAGUGAAAGGAAACCCAUUUUAGGACUUCACCACUCACCUAACCUCAUCGAGUUGUCUUCAUCUCUGCUACCCCGGGCAUACCGGAUCUUGUCCACUCCAGUUGCUCCAUCUCUAUGACCCCGUUCGCACUUCAAAAUACGAAAACAUACAGAACUACUUCGUAACAGCCCACUAUGGAAUGGCGCGGCAUGUCGCCUUACACAGGGCCAAACACGCCAGACUCAACGACGCCGGUCAAAGAUGCGCCAAUAAACGAGCCUGGAACACCCGUAAGCAUGAAGUCGUUGGCGCUGGACCGCACAACAUUUGCUUCCACUUCCACACUUCACAUUCCCAAGGAUUUGACACAAACGAUCGUUGAUGCAGACCCGAAACUGAGGCGUCUCCAACAAGACCUCCUGGUUUUGACCGGCUUCAACGAUAAUGAAACUCUGCAUUGGCGACCGUCAUGGUUCCACCAAACGCCUUUCAGCCAGCAAUCUUGGACCCUGCAUAAUCCUCCCAACGUGGUCACUGAACGACUUCCAAGCUUUCAAAAUGGGCCACAAGUCUUCACGCGUAGGAUGAGACGUACAACCGAUCCACCACCAGCCUACGUUCGAGAUUGGGAGCAUUGGUAUCGAGUUUGCGACCUGUAUGGUAUUCCGCAUGAUUUCCUUUGCGAAGAACAGGUUGAGCUCAUGCGCUUUGGACUUCCGCGAACAAAGGAAGGGGGUUUGUGCCGUCAGUUCUUCCAUAAGGGUCUUACUUUCUCCCAGAUGCUGACAAACAUAGCACCACCAAUGUACCCCCUCUACCCAGAACCUCAACCCAAAAACCAAGGACGUUACAUACUCACUCCAUCAUCCUACAAAACCCACCUACCUCGGAGAUUCCACAGCGUACAGUUCACUCCGUUCGUCACUGACGACGGCUCAGAACAUCCAGCCGAAGUAGUAGUCGUGCACUCCAACGGUAUGCUUACAGUUGAAACCCGUGAAGACUUCUUCUACCGUUCCCAUCCGAGUCAAUGGACGCAUUUUAACGGGUACGGUGGAUAUCGUAACGAUGAUCCGUAUGUGUGUGAUAUGACGGCCCCAAAGGACCAAGGGAAAGGGAGACGGUGGAGCUACGUGCCAUGGACGAGAGAGCAGGAGGAGAGUUGCCGACCGGCAACGUUGAAGCUGAAGUUUUGGAAUGAGGUUUUGCAUGAUGGGGAUGAGGAAGCCAAGAGUGUUGAUUUGGAAACAAAGUGA